AUGGACUUCGUCGAGGGGCUACCCAAGGUUGGCGGCAAGUCCGUCAUUCUCACGGUGGUUGACCGCUUCUCCACGUACGCGCACUUCAUCGCGCUCGGCCACCCCUACACCGUCGCGUCCGUCGCCCGCGCCUUCUUCGAUGGCAUUGUUCGGUUACAUGGGUUCCCCUCUAUGUCUCGUCACAGCGCAGCCGUGUACCAUGCACUCUUCACCGUCGCUCGUGCUCCGCCAGUUGCACCUGCACCUGUACCAGCACCUGUACCUACACCAGCACCUGUGCCUGAGCCUGAGGUUGUCGUCUCUGCUGGCGGCAAGGAGGAGGAGCUCAUGGACUUGGGGUCUCCUACGUCUACACCUUUAGCACCUACCUCGGUGGCGGUACCGAUCCCACAGGUCGACGCUCCAGUUCCACCUACUCCACCUGCGCCUGCACUGCACGCGUCUACGGGUUCAGCGCCGACGCCUCAGCACCCAUAG